GGCGGAGGCGGAAGGGGCGGGCGGACGCGGCGCGGCCGGGCCUGACUCUGCGGGACGCGCGAUGCUGGUUAUCUUGCAAGGGGAUAUCAUUCUUCAUAUGUAAAGAACAUCUUUUUUAGUCACUGAAUUUGGAAUGUUACUUUACUUGUGAAACUGAUGGAGGAAUAGCCAGAUCACAGACUUCUACUCUGGAAGACUUACAGGAAAUACAAGAUGUCGUCGAAUAGGAGUCAGAACCCACAUGGACUUAAACAGAUUGGUCUCGACCAGAUAUGGGAUGACCUUAGAGCUGGAAUUCAACAGGUUUAUACCAGACAAAGUAUGGCAAAAUCCAGAUAUAUGGAACUCUACACUCAUGUUUAUAACUACUGUACUAGCGUACACCAGUCUAAUCAAGCACGAGGAGCGGGAGUACCUCCUUCUAAAUCUAAAAAAGGCCAGACACCUGGAGGAGCUCAGUUUGUUGGCUUAGAACUGUACAAACGACUUAAAGAAUUUCUGAAGAACUACUUGACAAAUCUCCUUAAGGAUGGUGAAGACUUGAUGGAUGAGAGUGUGCUGAAAUUUUACACUCAACAGUGGGAAGAUUAUAGGUUUUCAAGCAAAGUUCUGAAUGGGAUUUGUGCCUACCUCAAUCGACAUUGGGUUCGUCGUGAAUGUGAUGAGGGUCGUAAAGGAAUAUACGAAAUCUACUCACUUGCCUUGGUGACCUGGAGGGACUGUUUGUUCAGGCCGUUAAAUAAGCAGGUAACAAAUGCUGUGUUGAAACUGAUAGAAAAGGAAAGAAAUGGUGAAACCAUCAACACCAGGCUGAUCAGUGGAGUCGUACAAUCCUAUGUGGAAUUGGGACUGAAUGAAGAUGAUGCAUUUGCAAAGGGACCUACACUAACUGUCUAUAAAGAGUCUUUUGAAUCUCAGUUUCUCGCUGACACAGAGAGGUUUUAUACAAGAGAAAGUACUGAAUUCUUGCAACAGAACCCCGUCACAGAAUACAUGAAAAAGGCAGAAGCUCGUCUUUUGGAGGAACAGCGUAGAGUUCAGGUUUAUCUCCAUGAAAGUACGCAGGAUGAAUUAGCACGAAAAUGCGAGCAGGUACUUAUUGAAAAACACUUGGAGAUUUUUCAUACAGAGUUUCAGAACUUACUGGAUGCUGACAAAAAUGAAGACUUGGGACGCAUGUAUAACCUUGUAUCUCGAAUCCAGGAUGGCCUCGAGGAGCUGAAAAAACUCUUGGAAACGCACAUUCAUAAUCAGGUCUAGGCUGCUAUUGAGAAAUGUGGAGAAGCUGCUCUAAAUGAUCCAAAAAUGUACGUACAGACAGUGUUGGAUGUCCAUAAAUAUACUGCUCUAGUCAUGUCUGCCUUCAACAAUGAUGCUGGCUUUGUGGCUGCACGGAUAAGGUAAUGUAUGUUUAAUGCUUGUGGUCGAUUUAUAAAUAAUAAUGCAGUGACAAAAAUGGCUCAGUCAUCCAGUAAAUCUCCAGAGUUGCUGGCACGAUAUUGUGAUUCCUUGCUAAAGAAAAGCUCAAAGAAUCCAGAAGAAGCAGAGCUAGAAGAUACACUCAAUCAAGUGAUGGUUGUAUUCAAGUACAUUGAAGACAAAGAUGUGUUUCAAAAAUUCUAUGCUAAAAUGCUAGCAAAGAGACUGGUACACCAGAACAGUGCUAGUGAUGAUGCUGAAGCAAGCAUGAUCUCCAAACUCAAGCAAGCUUGUGGUUUUGAGUACACCUCUAAACUUCAGAGGAUGUUCCAAGACAUUGGUGUAAGCAAGGACUUGAACGAGCAAUUUAAAAAGCACUUGACAAAUUCAGAACCAUUAGAUUUGGAUUUCAGUAUACAGGUUCUCAGUUCUGGAUCAUGGCCCUUUCAACAGUCCUGCACAUUUGCUCUACCUUCUGAGUUGGAACGCAGUUAUCAGAGAUUUACAGCUUUUUAUGCCAGUCGUCAUAGUGGAAGAAAAUUGACUUGGUUGUAUCAGCUAUCCAAAGGGGAACUGGUUACCAACUGUUUCAAAAAUAGAUACACAUUACAGGCAUCGACGUUCCAGAUGGCAAUCCUACUACAGUACAACACAGAAGACGCCUAUACUGUUCAACAGCUGACAGACAGUACUCAGAUAAAAAUGGAUAUCUUGGCACAAGUUCUACAGAUCUUACUGAAGUCAAAGUUAUUGGUUUUGGAAGAUGAAAAUGCAAAUGUGGAUGAGGUGGAAUUGAAGCCAGAUACCUUAAUAAAACUCUAUCUUGGUUACAAAAACAAAAAAUUGAGGGUAAACAUCAAUGUGCCAAUGAAGACUGAGCAGAAGCAGGAGCAGGAAACUACACACAAAAAUAUAGAAGAAGACAGGAAACUACUGAUUCAGGCUGCUAUUGUGAGAAUUAUGAAAAUGAGAAAGGUUCUAAAACACCAGCAGUUGCUUGGAGAAGUUCUAACUCAGCUGUCCUCGAGAUUUAAACCACGAGUUCCAGUAAUUAAGAAAUGCAUUGACAUUCUGAUUGAGAAGGAGUACUUGGAGCGUGUGGAUGGUGAGAAGGACACCUACAGUUACUUGGCUUAGCAUUUUUAUUAGCAGUUGUCUGACUGUGUGAGAUGCUCAGCAAAUAGUUAUGUGAUGGAAAGAAUGAAAACAACUGAACUUCAUAGCGGCCAGUCUGCUGCCGUUUGGACCUCCCUUUUUAAUAACUGAGACCAGGACUCCCAUCAGCCAGUCUCAGAUUUACAUCGGAACUGCUCAGGAUUGAUACAUUUCAAGAAUGUAAAUAUGGACACCAAUGCCAUUUAACCUAAUUUAAGAACAGAGAGGAAUCAAACCCUUCUCCACUAAGGGUUGCAUGCUACUGCAUUUAAAUCAAUACAUUGGCUAUAUGAUAAAUAGCUGCCCCCACAGGCGGCACUUAGAAAUGUCGGCAGCACUUUGAGAGCGAGUCUGAAUGGACCUAUGUGUAAUCUGCUAUGAAAAACCAUUUGUAUAGUGUGUUUCAUUUUUUAAUGUGAUAAAUAAAAAAAAUUAAAAGAUUUCUGUACAAGUUGCAUUUGGUUUUAUUGUUUUAAGUAAGUUUCACUACUUUCUAAAUGUAAAUAAAAGGUAUAAUGAUUAUGAAAGCUACA